GCUGUCUUUCUUAUACCUUUUUAUUUUUAUUAUUAUUUUUAAAUGUCUCUUCAACUCACCGAGUUUGUAAAGCGCCCCAGUGUUGGUCGUACUGGAAAGCCCGUCCGCGUCCGCACUAACUUCUUUGAAGUCACUUCUUUCCCUACCCAGAACAUCCAUCAUUACGAUGUUACCAUCGACCCAGCGGGUACUCCUCCUGCUGUUUACCGUAAGGUCUGGAAGUGCUUUGAAGACCUUGAUGGACAGGGUAUCCUCAAGGGUAUCAAGACCAUCUACGACGGUCGUAAGAACGUAUUCUCCCCCAAGGCUCUCAACUUAGGUGAGGAAGGUGCUCUUGCCUUUGAAGUCGAUCUCCAGGAGGGUGACGCAGCCUCCAAGCGUUCCGGUGGUAUGUUCAAAAUUCGCAUCAAGAAGGCUGGUGAAGUCAACAUGGAAGAGCUCCGUCGCUUCUUGGCUGGUCAGAGCCCUUGCACCUCCAACUGCUUGACCGCCAUCAUGGUGUUGGAUGUCCUUAUCCGCCAUAUGCCAAGCAUGUUGUACUCAACCGUUGGUCGUUCCUUCUUCACUCCCAACGACAGCCGUCCUCUCCCUAACGGUGCUGAAGUCUGGCAAGGUUUCUACCAGUCAGCUCGCCCCACCGCUUGUAAGAUGAUGAUCAACAUUGACGUAUCUGCAACUGCAUUCUACGAGUCUGGCCCUCUUCCCCAAAUUGUUGCCAAGAUCCUCAACCGUCGUUCCGUCGAUGAGUUGCGUCAGGGUAUCCCCGAUCGCGAGCGCAACAAGCUCGAGAAGGUCUUGAAGGCCUUGAAGAUCCAGGUUGUCCACCGUGGUGACAUCAAGCGCAAGUACAAGGUCACUGGUGUUACCCCCAGUGCCGUUGAACGUACUAUGUUCAAGGAUGAGGCUGGCAAUGAGCAGUCUGUUGCUUCAUACUUCCAGAAGCAGUACAACAAGCGUCUCGCUUAUCCCUUCUUGCCUUGUAUUGUUGUCAAGCGCGACAUCUUCCUUCCCAUGGAGGUUUGCGAGGUCGUUCCUGGCCAGCGUCACUUGAAGAAGCUUAACGAGAAGCAGACUGCCGAAAUGAUUAAGUUCACUUGCCAGAAGCCCAACAUCCGCGCCAACAAGAUCAACCAAGGUCUCCAGCUGUUACAGUACAAGAACAACCCCUACUUGCAGCAGUUCGGUAUGGCUGUCAAGCCUGAGAUGGCCAUGAUUAAUGCCCGUGUUCUCCCCACUCCUCAGAUCUCCUAUCACGCUUCUUCCCAGGAGGCCACUUUUGCCCCUCAGGGUGGUGCCUGGAACUUGCGUGGCAAGAAGGUCGCUCAGGGUGCCGUCCUUGGCUCGUGGUCCGUCGUCAACUUCGCCUCCCAGGUUCCCAUGCCCGCCCUGCAGCGUUUCGUCCGCGAGUUGUGCCAGACCUUUAUCGACACUGGUCUCAACGUUGUCAACCGUUCCCCUCCUAUUACCCAGGCUGAUCCCCAGGGUAACAUUGACCGUACCUUGAAGGAAGCCUGGUUGAAGGCCGGUAAUGCCGCCAAGGCCAGCCCCCAGCUCAUCUUCUGUGUGUUGCCCAACACCGGUGUUCCCCUCUACGCUGAGAUCAAGCGUAUCUCUGAUACUGUCAUUGGUAUCCCCACUCAGUGUGUCCAGUCUAAGCACAUUGCCGACGCCAAGAAGCAGUACUGUGCUAACGUCUGCUUGAAGGUCAACAUGAAGCUCGGUGGUAUGAACUUGUUCUUGUCCCCUGCUCAGAUUCCCUUCAUUGCCCAGCGUCCUACCAUCAUCUUCGGUGCUGAUGUCACUCACCCUGCUCCUGGUGACAUGAACCGUCCUUCCGUUGCUGCCCUUACCGGUAGUAUGGACGCUCGUGCAUCUCGUUAUGCUUCUGCUAUUCGUGUCCAGGCUAAUCGCACCGAGAUCAUUGCUGAUCUUGCCAACAUGGUCAAGGAAUUGUUGAAGAACUUCUACCAGUCUUGCGGUCAGAAGCCCGAGCGUAUUCUCUUCUACCGUGAUGGUGUCUCCGAAGGCCAGUUCAAGCAGGUCCUCGAUGGUGAAGUCGCUGCCAUCCGCGCCGCCUGUUUGUCUCUUGACAAGACCUACAACCCUACCAUCACCUUUGUCGUUGUCCAGAAGCGUCACCACGCCCGUUUCUUCCCCAUUGAUCAGCGUGAUGCUGACCGUACUGGUAACUGCAUGCCUGGUACUGUUGUCGACACCGAUAUCGUUCAUCCUUUCGAGUUCGAUUUCUACCUCCAGUCCCACGCCGGUCUCCAGGGUACUUCCCGCCCUACUCACUACCAUGUCCUCCAUGAUGACAACAAGUUCACUCCCGAUGCCCUCCAGGAACUUACCUACCGUCUCUGCUACAUCUAUGGUCGUGCUACUCGUGCUGUCUCUCUUGUACCUGCUGCCUACUACGCCGAUUUGGUUGCUGCCCGUGCUCGCUUCCAUCGUCGUGGUGAGAACUGGUCUGACACCGAUGCUACCUCUGAGAGCAUGGAUUCGGAAGCUCAGAUGGCAAGCUUUGCUGUUGUCAAGUCCGAUCUCCAGAAGGUCAUGUAUUUCAUGUAAAAAAAAAUACAUUACAUAAAAGUCUUGGGUUAAUCUCCAAGAUUUUGUUUCAAAAAUAAAACAAUGAAAACAUUAAAUAAAACAUGACAUUUCACUUGCACUUGAAAUUGUGAAAUCAACUACUUAA